AUUUUCCCCAUCGGACUUACGCCGUAUCGGCCUGACGUCGGCACCUCCCCCCUCGCAUCUUCGCCGCCAUGGGCAACUCCCAGACCAAGGAGUCGCGAACGGCUACCCCGCGGCGUCAAAGUCAGCAAUGGUCGCCAGCCGCUUCCGAUACCCCGGGUCGGUCGGUAUACCAAGCCUCUCGGUCGGGCAGAGGGAGUCGCCCGGACCUCUCUUUGCUCGGCAUUGGCGGCAGUCAUGACCGUGACGUGGCUUCGCUCGAGCAUCGACGAGAAACGAAACAGGAACGAGAGGCUCGUCGUCUGGAAAAGGAACGCGUAGCUCGUGUGAAGGAGCGGGAACACAGUAUGAAGGAGGAACAUGUUGAUGGUGGCUACCUUGUAACACAGGGUGUCUACGUGGGAACGGAGGACUUCAACAAGGCCGUCGUGCGGCAACUGAUGAUUGAACGCCGACUCGCUCCGUUCUGGAGAGGGCUGAACGACUUCUCCGAAUCGUGGGCUGAGCACCAGCUUAUUGCUGCGGCCCGGGGAAUGCCUAUCCCUCCGCCCGACGAGAUCCCACCCGAGUUAGAGUACUCUCUGCCCAAGACAUCCAAUAAAGAAUCGGCCGAUGCGACAAACAUCCAUCAUCUCACGGUGCCAAUCACAUCUCGUUCCCAGUCCCUCAACUCGGAUGUAUCACAGAACUCCAUCCCCGCCCAGUCAUUACCUUCGACAUCUCCGAUCGCAUCUGGCACCUCGGCUUCGCCUCUGUUCCGAGCUAGGGCAAAGACUUUGGCAGCUCUGACAACUUCGAAGUAUGGUUCGCAGACGGAUUUAACUCCGCGAGAGCUGCGGCUUCCCAAGGACCCCUUCGUGAACGGGUCACCGAUCGAAGUAAACCUGUACAAGGACGCCAGCGAAUGUCCCAUCUGCUUCCUGUACUAUCCCCCGUACCUGAACCGUACCCGAUGCUGUGAUCAACCGAUCUGUUCCGAAUGUUUCGUGCAAAUCAAGCGGCCGGAUCCGCAUCCCCCAGAGCACGGAGAAGCCGACCCCAAUGCUCCACCCCGACCGGACGGUGAACAGGGUGAAACAGAAGGACAGCUCGUAUCAGAACCUUCGGCAUGUCCUUUCUGCGUUCAGCCUGAAUUCGGGGUCACCUACGCACCACCUCCCUUCCGCCGAGGCUUGACCUAUGCUGCAGAUCCCAGCGUUCGUCUUUCUCCCAACAUCAUUUCUCCAGUAUCCUCCACGUCCUCUUUGUCCUCCGCGAAUCUUGCGCCGGUGACGGGUCGUCGCCGUGCGACGUCAUUAUCUGCCGCUGACCCUGCCGUGGUCACAACCGACAAGGUUCGUCCAGACUGGGCCCAGAAGUUGGCCAAUGCCCGGGCCCACGCCGCACGCCGGUCAGCGGCUGCGACUGCCCUUCAUACUGCAGCCUACUUGAUGAACUCUGGACAGUCUGGAAGCGACAGCCGUGGCCUGGGUCUGGGGAGGAGAGGAUUGAGGAGAGCCACUCAAGGGGAAGCCGGCCGGUCCGGCUCCCCUGCUCUCAAUGCAUUGGCUUUCUUGACCGAUAGAUCCGACCGUACACCACCCCGUGUGACUGAGCCAGAUACCGACUCUGCCGAAGAAGGGGCAGGUAAUAUCGCACCGCCGCGGGAUAGCUCGAGACGCAAUCGGAUUGAUGAUCUCGAGGAAAUGAUGAUGAUGGAAGCAAUCCGUUUGAGCUUGGCUAGUGAGGAAGAGCGUCGAAAACGAGAGGAGAAGGAGAUCAGGAAAGAAGCCAAGAGGAGGGAGAAGGAGAAGGAGAAGGAGGCCAAGAAGGCGGACAAGGUGGCUCGCAAGACUGGCUUAUAUAGCAACAAUGCCAGCACCACUGCAUUGGCAGUUCCCAGCGAGUCUGCAACGGGAAAGGUUGCUAGCACCCCCUCGUCUAUCGGAGAAGAGGCGACUUCAGCGGGCAAGGGCAAGGCGGUCGAUCGGGCAUCUCCUGCAGCCGUGGACUCCAGCCUGCCAACCUCUUCGACGAGCUCCCCCCAAGCGGAUACUAUCCCAGAAAUCCCGUCUGCCGAGCAGACCUUGGCCGCAGAGCCAUCACGACCGUCUCAUCUUCGGCACGUGUCUAGUGCAUCCUCGUCCUUCUCAUCUAUCAUGGAAGCCAAUCCGGAGGAGCGUACUGGAAGUCACAUCGCCGCGGACGGGAGCAAUACUUCAUUGGAGCCGAUGUUCAAUUUCCGAAGCCUGGCUGAAGUGAUCGGCGACGAAGAAAAGGGCUACGAGUCGGAACAUUCAACCAGCCCUCGGCAGACCCUGCAAAAACAGAGCCAGCGCCUGCAGCAACCCCCCCAGGUGGAGGUGGAGGAUAGCUCAAGUGGCAUGUCACCGAAGGAGCUUGAGACUCGAUCGGUCGAGAUCACCGGCACUGUACCGAAUACCGAAGCUACUUAG